CUGGAAUGUAAAAGUUUAACCUCUUGACCCUGCAGCCUCCAGAGGAAGCCUUCUGCGACCUGGACACAAAUCAGGCUCUACCGGUGGUUCAGCUCUAUGUGAUGCCGUCCUUCUUCCUGGCGGUGCUGAUCCUCGGGCUUCCCCUCAACCUGCUCUCCCUCUGGGUUUUCCUGCACCGCCUGCGGCGCUGGACCCGCAGCACGGUGUUCCUCUUCAACCUCACCCUGGCUGACACCUCGUGGCUGCUGGCCUUGCCUUUCCUCAUCAACUACCACCUGGACCAUCUGUACUGGAAGCUCGGGCUGCCGCUCUGCAUCGCUGUGCGGAUGUUCUACCACAACUACUUCUACCUCAGCAUCUUCUUCGUCACCUGCAUCAGCGUGGACCGAUACCUGGCCAUCGUGCACCCGCUGCGCUCUCUGGUGCUGCUGGGCCGGAGGCAGACCUACGUGCUGUGUGUGGCGGUGUGGGUGGGCGCCCUGGUCCUCAGCAUACCUAUUACCGGCAUGACUCUGAUCCAGACUUGCCCCGGGAGCAAUCGCACCGUUUGCACCUUGUACAUACUGCUGAGUGAGACCGAGGAAAGCCUCCCUUACUCCCUCUUUUGCACCACCGUCGGCUUCCUGUUCCCGCUGCUCUCCAUCUGCUACUGCGGCCUGCGCAGCGUCAGAGAGCUGCGCCACCGGCCCUGCCGCCCAGACCCGCACAACAAGCAGCGGCGGCUCCGGCACGUGCUGUGCUCGGUGCUGAUUUUCUUCGCUUUGUUUUACCUGCCCUACCACCUGAGCCGCAACGCCGCCAUCGUGAUGCGGGCGGUCUACCCGAACAGCGCCGCCUCCUGGCAGAGCGCAGAUGCGGCCUUUGCGCUGGAGAUGUGCCUGUGCAGCCUCAUCACCUGCGUUAAUCCGCUGUUCAGCUGCUUCAUGGGCCGCCACUUCAGGAAGGAGUUUCACGGCUCUUUUGCGGUCCUGUUCUCUCAGUGUCCGGGCACGCAGGUGGCCUCAAGGCUGUCUAAGAGGACCCGGAUGACGGUGAGGAGAAGACAGGGGACUGCUACUGUCACACCUGUGUGCGCACUGCCCGCACCUGGAUCCUGAAAUGUGGACCAAUGAUGCAUCUUAGCGGCAAACAUUAUAAAACUGUAUAUAAAAGCUUUCUCUCAUUUAAAUAAUUUAAAUCGCCUGUUUUCUCUGAUUGGUGGAUAAAAAACUGUGUAUAAAAAUGGUUUCCAGUCUCCUUUAUCUCGCAUCAGCAGCUCCUUAACUUUCUUACACAACACUGCCUCUGCGUGGUUGACUGCAUACUGUACUUUACACCCUGGUUCCACAUGGAUACAAUCUUUCUUUUAAAUCAAUGGGAAAAAAAUUACAGUUUAGUUUAUUCAAUUUAGUGAAAUUCUAUAAAUGCGUGCAUUAAGUUUUAACAGUGCGUGUAAA